GUAAACUUACACAAUUUAGUCUUAUCUGAAAACCAUUCAAAAUUAUAUAAAUUGUAUUCAAUAUGUUUUGAGUAUUAAAUACAGACAAAAAUUAUCUUUCAAAAAAGAGACAAACUUAACACCAAUGUCAAUCAUUUAAGCAAUGAGUCACAUAUAAUCGACCAUCAAUUGGCAGAAUUAGCAUGAUGCAAUGCCACAACAUUGAUUGUAUUUUUUUUUCUUCAUGCAGUUCACCACUCAUGUAAAAUUUCAAUCAUUUCUUAUUACCACAAACAGUCUCUAUUCAAUCAGUGCUAUUGUUUAGUAUUUUAUAAAAAUUAAGAUAGAAAUCGUUGUAAUCAUAUUGAUAAAAUCAUCAAUCAGUUAAUUAACUCAUCAGUUUGCAAAUAAAUAACUCAUUAUCUUAAUUUCAAAGAUGUUUACCGAAUUAUGGAAAGCUUUGACGAGAAAGAGAAUAAUCCGAGAUUUAGAAGAUAAAGGAAAAUUAGCAAGAGUGUUAGGUUUAUUCGAUUUGUCAGCUCUUGGUGUUGGUGCAACACUAGGUUUAGGCGUGUACGUUCUAGCAGGAAGUGUUGCCAAAGAUACAGCUGGUCCUGCAGAAUGUGCUAUGCAGAGUUUGCUUCUCGAGUCCCCAAAGCAGGAUCAGCAUACGUUUACAGCUACGUAACAAUCGGAGAAUUCAUAGCCUUCAUCAUAGGAUGGAACUUAAUUCUUGAAUAUGUUAUUGCUACCGCCAGUGUUGCUCGAGGUUUAAGCAGUUAUGUUGAUUCCUUGGUUGACAAUAAAAUGCGGACUUAUUUCCAUUCAGUAAUGCCGAUAGAAGUAUCUUUUUUAUCGGAAUAUCCAGAUUUUUUUGCUUUUGGUGUUAUUGUGCUGCUAGUUGUUUUACUUUGUAUUGGAGCACAAGAAUCAUCAUAUCUGAAUAUGGGAUUCACAGCCAUCAAUUUAACUACAGUACUCAUAGUAACUAUUGCUGGAUCUAUUAAAGCUAAUCCUGCUAAUUGGCAAAUAGCCAAAGAAACAAUACCACCGGAAAUAACAAACCCAGGAGUUGGUGGAUUCAUGCCAUUCGGGUUAAGUGGAAUAAUGAUCGGAGCUGCAAAGUGUUUUUAUGGAUUUGUAGGAUUUGAUGCAGUGGCAGCUACAGGAGAAGAAGCUAAAGACCCACAAAAAACAAUCCCCCUUGCUAUUGUCAUCUCUUUGACGGUUAUUUUUGUUGCUUAUUUCUCAACAUCUACUGUUCUUACAAUGAUGUGGCCUUAUUACGAUCAAAAUCCUGAAGCUCCACUUCCGUAUGUCUUUCAAAAAAUGGGUUGGCCAGCAUUAAUGUGGAUUGUAAAUAUUGGUGCUGUUUCUGCACUUUGUACUAAUCUUCUUGGCUCAAUGUUUCCUCUUCCUAGAAUUCUUUAUGCUAUGGGAAGUGAUGGAGUGAUUUUUAAAUUCUUCUCGAAAGUCCACAGUAAGACUAGGACUCCAAUAAUUGGAACUAUUGUGUCUGGAGCUUUUAUAGGUCUUAUGACACUGAUGUUUAAUUUAGAACAAUUAAUCGAUAUGAUGUCUAUUGGAACUCUGUUAGCUUAUACAAUAGUUGCUAUAUCUGUUCUCAUUUUAAGAUAUCAAAAAUCAACCUCACAAAAAAGUAUUAAAGCAUCUGCUAAUCAUUCAAGUUCAUCAUUAGAAACAUAUUCACCAUUUUUAGAAUAUUCCAAGAUAAUUUUCAAUUUUAAUAAUCAAGAUACUCCAAGUACAUCAUCUAGCAAAGUGGCAAGUUGGGGUGUACUUGUAUUUGCAAUAAUGGCAUUUAUAUUUGGCUUGUCUAUUAAUCGUUUACCAUCAAGUAGCUUAUCAAUAAAUAUAUUACUAUACUUGGUUUUGUUAAUUUCUGGUAUGAUUGGUGUACUUACUGUUGUUGCAAUCAGUAGACAACCAAUUAAUUCAGUAAAACUGGCUUUUAAAGUACCUUUAGUUCCAUUUGCACCUUGUUGUAGUAUAUUUAUAAAUCUCUUUCUAAUGCUACAAUUAGAUAUGUUCACAUGGAUCAGAUUUUCUGUGUGGAUGGUUAUAGGUUUAUGUAUUUACUUUUUUUAUGGAAUAAAAAAUAGUGUUCAGGGUCAAAAAAACCAAUUAAAAUUCCAAAAUAUACCAUCACAGGAGACACAAAGCACAUCACAGAAUUUUUUUUAAAUAAUUGUUUUUUAUUUUUUAUUUAUUCCAAAGACUCACUAUUCUCAUAAUCAUUAUCGAAUUGGUUUGUUUUAAAUAUUGUAUUGUAAAUAUUUUUACAAUUUACAUAUUGAGCGCAAUUUUUAGCGUAUAUAAAUUUUUACUGUACAUAUUUUAUUUUGUAUAGUAUAAAUGCGGCUAAAAUUAUCUAGUAUUAUUCAUCAUUUUGUAUUAUUUUUUAAAUAAAAAGAGUAUCAAAAAAAUAGUAUUAUUUAUAAAUGAAAACAAUAAGUGGUAAAAAAAUAAAAAACAUUAGGUUGACUAUUUUUAAAUAUCUAUUAUACUUAUGUAUAAAUAUAUUAUGCUCAACUAUAAAUGGAAUGUAUGAAAAAAUAAACAAAUUCGAUGGAAAUUCUAUUUGGCUUAUGUUCUUUAUAAUAAAUUACUUUUUAAAUAAUAUAAAAUAAUUA